UUCUCUUUUACUCUUUCUUCCCAUGUUUCGGUCAUCAGCUGUUCCUCAAUUUUAAGGGACACUUUUUCCAUUCAUCUUUUUAUCAGUCGUAUUUCUAAUCAUUUUUUAUUUUUUUUUAUUCCUUUACAUUGCGUCGUCUGGAAGCACGUAGAGUGUCGACAGUGAUAGUAUUGAUCUAGAGACGGGAGAUAAAAUCACGAAAAGAAGACCUGUUCCUCUUGGUCUAUUUCGACAGGUUUGAGUGUGGGAUUUCACAUAAUCUUCAUUCUUCGUUGACAUUUCCAUCUUUUCUUUACCUUACUUCCCUACCUACCUACUACCAACAUCACAACCUGUUCUCCUCGUCAUGUCCUCGGGGUCACCGAAUGAAAAAGAUCCAAUGGAGUUUUUGAAUGCCGAGAUUCAAAAUUUCAGGGAAAGCGAUCGCCGUCGAGAAACGCUCCUGGCUGACCUUGUUACCGAGUAUGGAAAGCUACAAGCACUUUAUAAGGACAAAUGCAACGAUUACGAGCAGGAGCGCAAGUCGCUGGCUAUGUGGCAACGGGAAAACCGCGGCCUCGAAGCCGAGUUGAAUCAACUUAGACUUUCAAAUGAAUCUAAUCCGAUAGCUUUUGUUAUUCUCGACGGCGAUGGAGCCGUUUUUCGUGACGAGCUCUUGGCCCGAGGCGCUGAAGGUGGAACAGAUUGCGCGUUUGAGCUUUUGACUCAGAUUCGCAAGCACAUUAAAACCAUCCAUCCUGAAACGUCGAUCGACAAUUUGAAUAUCAUGGUUCAGGUUGUUGUCAAUUUCGAGGGUUUGGCCAAGACGCUUCAUGCGUCUGGUAUACUUGAAGACGGAUUCAAACAGUUGACUGCCUUUGCCCAUGCCUUUGGUCAGGCCCAAUCAUUGUUUUCGUUUAUUGAUGUUGGUCCUGGCAAGGAACGAGCGGACCAUAAAAUCCGUGAGACUUUACGUGUUAUGUCUCGUCUCUCACAAUGCAAGCACGUGAUCUUUGGACCAUGCCACGAUAAUGGUUACUUGCCCGUUCUUGAACCAUACAAGCAGGACCCUAUCGUCGGUCCUAAGCUUUCACUGCUGGAGGCCUCUCCGGCUACGCCUGGCUUCAUCCGUUUGGGCCUACCUCGCGCCAGGUUUCCCACCGUCUUUCGCCCGGACCUCAUCACCAAGACUCCUCAGAUCUCAAUUACCACCACCGGCUUGCCUAUUCGAAAUGGCGGCAUCCCAGGAUUUGGUGUUUCGAGCCCAGCCUCGAUCUUUUCUGUCAUGUCACCGGGAGCCCAGUCUAGCCCUGUCGUCCGUGACAGGCUCGGCAGCAUUGCUUCCAUGCAGCCGCUGCCUCCACCACCUUCGACAUCGUCGCCGUCCCAGUCGGUGUCUUCAGCAUCGCCAGUGCCAGCUCCUUCGAGCUACGCGAGCGUGGGUACGCCCGCCUCGGCGACGGCACCGCGCACCAUCGAUAUUGCACCCAAAAAGACAACACCUGCUUCUCUCAAGUACUAUUUUGUAAACGCUUCGUCCGAGCGACUUGAUGAGGAUCUGCCUCGUCACACCACCAUCGCCUACAAAUCAUAUAACGAUAAGAAGAACGCCAACGGCCGCAACUUCUGCAAUCGCUACCACCUGGCAGGGUACUGCGAGGAAGAGGAGCACUGCAAGUAUGAGCACGGCCCCCGCCUCAAAGGUCAGGAGUUGUUGGUGCAGAAGCACCGAGCCCGCGGUACGUACUGCGACAACGGUAUCGCUUGCGAGGAUUUUGAUUGUUAUUAUGCACACCACUGCCGAUUCGGCCGCGACUGCGGCAUUGGUGAUACAUGCAAGUUCAACGAUACCCACCACAUGGAUCUUAAACCCGUAGCAAAGAUAUAUGAGAACGGCACCAAGGAGCAUGUUUGAUCAAUUAGCAGUUUGCAAAAAACAAAAAAACAGAAACAAAAAAAAGAUACGAAGAUUUGACGUUGAUGCAAGCAACAUGCUUGCUACAAGUUAGCUCGGAAACGGGGGUGCCCCGUGACCUGUGAAAAUAACUUGCUUAUAUUUUUUUUUUAUUUUUUUUUUAUUUUUUUUGAACUUUUGGUAUCGGAUACUUUACCACCUAUGUAUUUCUUUUUGUUUUUGGUCAGAUAUGUUCGAACCCUUAAUCUGUCGCUUUUAAACAUUUUCUAGCCUCGGCCAUGUACGUGGCGGAACCAAUUCUAGUUAUUAUAAUCCUCCGACUUACUGCUGGGUUUCCGCUGUAAACGCUGGGCCUUAUCCCUUGGUUUUGGUUACAAGGUCAAUUCUUACCCUGCGUGCUGUUCGGUAUAGAAUAUUGUUACUGCCGGACAUUAGCCAAGUAUUCGAAC